CAAGGAAAUGCUAGUUAUCGGCAGUCCUCUCCUCACACUGACAGCGUAGGGGACAUCUACACUGAUCAUCAGGACACUUAUGAUCAGUGCCCUGAUGAGCAGUGUAUCCCCAUCAGUGCCACCUGUCAAUGCCACCUGUCAGUACCCAUCAAUGCCACAUACCAGUGCCCAUCAGUGCACAUCAAUGCCACAUAUCAGUGCCUACCAGUGCACAUCAAUGCCACAUAUCAGUGCCCAUCAGAGCUGCCUUUCAGUGUCAAUUAUCAGUACCAGUCAGUGUCGCCUAUCAGUGCCACCAAUCAGUGCUACCUAUCAGUGCCAGUCA